UCUUCCUUCACUCUCUCUACUCUCUGCUACACAAUUUGAGCAUCCCGUUGUUUCUGGGCCUCUAAUAGUGCCUUUCUCUCUUGUUUUCCGGCGAGUUUUGGCCGGAGAAUGGCGUACAUGUGCACCGACAGCGGCAACCUAAUGGCGAUUGCUCAGCAAGUCAUCCAGCAGAAGCAGCAGCAAGAGCAACAGCAGCAGCACCACCAUCACAACCAGCACCCGCAGCUCUCUCAGGGCUUCGCUCUCUCUGCUCCAUGGCCCAGCAACACUCAUCACGCUCACAAUUUGGGCUACGGAUUAGCCGGGUCGGGUUUUUCCAACCCAUUUCAGCUACCCGGGAGCUCCGAUGACACAGAGCCCGGGUUUCCGUUCCCAAACUUGGAUAAUCAUCAUCCUCCGAGUAGUACUGGAUUCAGGUUUUCGGAUUUGGGCGGAGCGGCCGAGUUCGACUCGGAUGAGUGGAUGGACAGUAUAAUAGGCGGUGGGGUUUCAACGGAUAGUUCCAACCUGCCCUCUGUCUGCGACGCGUGGCAGAGCAAUGCCGCGGAUUUCGGCCUCUACGCCUCCGAUACCUUCGUUCCCUGCCCGAGUCGACUCAGCGCGCCGUGCUCUUCGGCCUCCGAUCUCAGCCGAGUCUUAUACUCGGAGCCUCAGAGCCAGAAAACCAGUACUCUCCAGCCUCAAAUGCCGCUGUCGUGGACCCCACCACCUCUGCCGCCGCCGCAGCCGCAGCCUUCCUCAGUUGCCAUUAAAGACGAGAAAUCAGGCAACCCUGCGCCUCAGCAAGUGUCCUCCAGGUCGCCGGAGAUCGAAUCGGCGCCGCCGCUGCUGAAAGCGCUGCUCGACUGCGCCAGAGUCAUCGAGUCCGAACCGGAGCGUGCAAUCAAAUCGCUAGUCCGGCUCAGAGAGUCCGUCUCCGAGCACGGAGAUCCAACCGAGCGAGUCACUUUCCACUUCACCGAGGCUCUGUACAGCCGAGUCUCUUCUCCGCCGGAGAAAACCUCCUCCGCUGCGUACGACGCCGCCUGCGAAGAGGACUUCACUCUCUCUUACAAGGCCUUGAACGACGCUUGCCCUUACUCCAAGUUCGCUCACCUGACGGCGAACCAGGCCAUCCUCGAAGCGACGGAGAAGGCGACGAAGAUUCACAUCGUCGACUUCGGAAUAGUACAAGGAGUCCAAUGGGCCGCUCUGUUGCAAGCUUUGGCUACCCGGUCCACCGGAAAGCCCAGUAAAAUUCGGAUCUCCGGUAUUCCCGCUCCGUCUCUGGGGAACUCGGCGGCGGCGGCGCUUUUUGCCACCGGUAACCGCCUCUGUGAUUUUGCUAAGAUUCUGGAGCUGAAUUUUGAAUUCGAACCGGUGCUGACUCCGAUUCAGGAGCUCAACGAGUCGUGCUUCCGGGUCGACCCGGACGAGUUCUUGGCCGUGAACUUAAUGCUUCAAUUGCACAACCUCCUCGACGAGUCCACCUCCGGAGUUGAAGCAGCUCUGACGCUGGCGAAGUCUUUGAACCCCAAGAUUGUGACGCUGGGUGAGUACGAAGCGAAACUGAACCGGGUUGGGUUCAUGAGCCGGUUCAAGACGGCGUUGAAGUACUACGCUGCAAUGUUCGAGUCACUUGAGCCAAACAUGGCACGAGACUCGCUGGAGAGGCUCCAGGUGGAGAGACUGUUGCUGGGCCGGAGAAUGGCGGGUGUGGUCGGCCCGGAGGAGCCGGGAACGAAACGACAGCGUUUGGAGGACAAAGAGCAGUGGAAGUUUCUGAUGGAGAGCUCUGGUUUUGAGCCGGUGACUCUCAGCCAUUACGCAGUGAGCCAAGCGAAGAUUCUUCUAUGGAAUUAUAGUUACAGUGCUUCGUAUUCUCUGAUCGAAUCUCCACCGGGGUUUCUCUCUUUGGCGUGGAACGAAGUCCCUCUGUUCACUGUUUCUUCAUGGCGUUAAUGGCUAUGGAUUCGAUUGGUUUCACCAGGUCUUUUAUCUCUGGCUGGGAGCCAAUAUGUUUCGAUACGCCAUCGACAUGACCUAGCUUGGUGCUUCUUUUUCCUGGAGAUGGAGAGCUCAGAGCUUCAUUAGUGAACUUACAGUUAGUGUUCUUUUCUAAUUUAGCCUUAUGUUUUGCGCCACAGUUUGUUUCUUAAUUUUAUAGGUUGUUCUUAGUGUUUUGGUUUUUGGUUGGGGCUUUCCUUGCAGGUCUGGGAAUCUGAAAUAUGACUAAUUGUAAAAAUGGGGGAAGAUAGGUUAUGUCCUCCU